GUCUCGUGCGCCUUUUCUUUUUCUUUGCCCAUCUCUUACCUUUUCUCCCAUCUUCUUUUUCCGAAUCGGCUUCGAUUCUACCAUCUUUCCCCCCUUCGGUCGAUCCUCGCGCGACCAAGACAAUAGAUGUUCCUGAACCCGACUGCACUCUCUUCCGCCAAACGAUAUUGUGGGUCCAUGUCGCCGCCACCAUGAGCGACCUCAACGAGAAACCCAAGUAUGGCGACAGCGAUGUCGAGGCCAUACGUGCUGACGAUGUGACCACUGGAGCAAUCACCGAGAAUGCUGAUGGCCUACAGCGCCGCCUCGCCAACCGGCAGAUUCAGCUUCUGGCCAUUGGCGGAUCAAUUGGCACUGCCCUCUUUGUCAGCAUCGGAAAUGGGCUCUACGCAGGUGGCCCAGGCAGCCUGUUUCUGGCUUACCUAAUCUACAGCUGCGUCCUCGGUCUCGUGAACAAUUGCAUGGCAGAGAUGGGCACCCUUCACCCCGUCUCUGGCGGCUUCAUCCGAAUGGCCGGAAAGUGGUGUGACGAUGCUCUCGGAUUCACGGCCGGCUGGAAUUUCUUCCUCUACGAAGCACUGCUGAUCCCUUUCGAGAUCACUGCCCUGAAUGAGGUCUUGCGUUACUGGAGCGGCAACAUUCCCGCAGGAGCCAUCUGUGCAGCGUGUAUUGUCCUCUAUGCUCUUCUGAAUGGCCUGGCUGUAAGGGCCUAUGGAGAGGCAGAAUUCUGGCUCUCCGGCGGCAAGGUCAUUCUCAUCUUCAUGCUGUUCUCGUUCACUCUGGUGACCAUGUGUGGCGGCAAUCCUCAACACGAUGCGUAUGGCUUUCGCUAUUGGAGCAAUCCAGGCGCUUUCGCCGAACACCACUCAACAGGUAGCCUGGGCCGGUUCGAGGGCUUCCUCGCUGCCCUGUGGUCUGCAUCCUUCACCGUCGUCGGCCCGGAGUACAUCGCAAUGGCAGCGGCCGAGGCCAAGCGCCCUUCUGUAUAUGUCAGGACCGCUUUCAAGACAGUCUAUUGGCGCUUUGGCAUCUUCUUCAUUCUGGGUGCCCUUUGUGUCGGCAUUGUGAUUCCAUACAAUGAUCCAACCCUCGUUGGGAUCGAGGAGGGCAAACUCGGUGGAAGCGGUACUGCUGCUGCCUCGCCUUAUGUCAUUGCCAUGAAAAAUCUUGGCAUCGGGGUCUUGCCGGACGUCACCAAUGCCCUCAUGCUAACCAGCAUCUUUUCCGCCGGCAAUACCUAUACGUACGCGGCGACGCGCAGUCUCUACGGCCUUGCCCUGGAGGGUCGUGCCCCCAGAUUCCUCCGCAAGACGACGAGGAACGGUGUGCCGAUCUAUGCCUUCGCCAUCGUUAUGUGCUUCCCCUUCCUCUCGUUUCUCCAGCUGUCGAGCAGCUCGAACACGGUCCUCACGUGGCUCAUCAAUCUCAUCACCGCCGGGGGCAUCAUCAACUAUAUCAUCAUGUCCGUCACCUACCUGUUUUUCUACCGAGCCUGCGUCGUGCAGAACGUCGAUCGGACAGGGUUCCCCUACUGCGGAAGAUUCCAGCCGUACAGCGCCUGGAUUGCGUUGAUUGCCGAGACGCUGGUCGUCAUCUUCUACGGCUAUUCCAGCUUCACCCCGUGGGACGUCUCAACUUUCUUCACGUACUACACCAUGGUCAUACUCGCGCCAAUCUUAUUUUUCGGGUGGAAGCUCAUUCAUAGGACAAAGAGGGUCAAGCCUGAGGAUGCAGAUAUUGUCUGGGAGAGGCCAAUUGUCGCAGCCUACGAAGCCAGUUUCAUCAGCCCUCCGAUUGGUUUUUGGACGGAAAUGGUACAGUUGGUCGGCUUCAAGAGGCAUGUCAAAGAAGAGCAGAUGAUGGAAUGAGCUGUUUGUUCAGACCAGGUUACAGAUGAAUGCACAAUAUUCAUAAAGUCUUCAUUUGGCGAAUCUUAGCUCCUACAUCUGUUGAACUGCUACUGUGUCAUCCUAGUGUAGGAAAAACCAAGGCAUCAUAAAAGUUGUGCACCAAUAGUGGCCUGCACCUGAGCUCCAUAGUACCAGAGUAAUGAAAAUAUCACACGUAAUUUAUUGCC